AUGAAGGGGUGGUGGCCACGGAUAGUGGCUGCAGGAUCCUUGAGGGUUCUAUGUUUAUACGAUGAAAAACGUAGAGCCAACCCAGAUCCAGAAAUAAAGAAGUAUGUUGAGAAGGCAAGGGAGAUUGCCGGUGUCACCAUUGACCCAAAGUUGACGAAAUUAUCGGACAAGGAUAUUGUGGAGAUGAUAUUAUUUCCUGUAGUGAAUGAGGCUUGUCGAGUGCUCGAUGAAAGUAUUGUAGUCAAAGCUGCCGAUCUGGACAUACCUGCUGUUAUGGGCAUGGGAUUUUCUCCUUACAGGGGAGGAAUCAUGUUUUGGGCUGAUACUCUUGGAUCUAAAUACAUUUAUUCUAGAUUGGAAGAGCGGUCGAAUUUGUAUGGGGAAUUCUUCAAGCCCUGUUCUUAUUUAGCCCUGCGAGCUGCAAAGGGAGCUCUCCUGGUCAGAAUUUCAAGUUAUUUCUUUGUUCAUUAA